AGCACUAGCAUAUAUGUAGCAGCUAGCAGUGGCUGGCUAGCAGCGGUUCGAAGUUCGAGGAAACACGUUUAACACAAUUGAACGAGUGUAGUUAUCAAAUCGCUAUUCUUCCCCGUCAUACGUAAAAUGACUGUCCAGUGUACCGUUAAUUGUUCUCUGAGGAUAGAUUAAGCCACAUCCAGCCAGGCAUAGGCACAUUAUAAUGGAUAGCGUGACAGGAAUAAUUUAUGCAAUAUGUCGAGGAUUUAUAGACAGCUUGAAGGGUACCGUUGUUCUUUUCUACAUGGAUAAGCAAAUUAACGAGAAAUUAGUCAGCAGAUCUCCUAGCCGAGCAGAGUUGAGAAAAAGAGACUUAGUUAUGCCGAGUCCCGCCAAGCAUAAGCAACGGGAAUCUAUGGUGUUGAUGAGAACCAUACAAUGCUGCGCAUUGAAUGGCGGAGUGUUUUGGGCUAGUAUACUGAUAUUUGAUUUUGGACUCUUGCCAUUUGUUAAGUACUUACUGACUAUUAUAUUCGGCCAUUCUCCUGGCAUGGGCCUCACCGUAUGGUCAUGGAUCCAGCCAUUUCUAUCCCUUACAUUUGGGACAAUAUGGGUGCUACCACUGUUCUUACUCAGCAGAAUAGUCAACAGUUUGUGGUUUCAGGACAUAGCAGACAGCGCUUACAGAUACAGACAAGGAAGACCAAUGCUUCUAUCAAGUGUAAGUAAAUUAAUAGCUGACACGCUUUUCAGCGUAUUAGUUCAAGCAUUGUUCUUGGGACAAGGAAUGUUGACGUCUAAAGUCCCACUACCGCCAUUGGGGGACAUUCUUGCUCUUGUCCACAUGUGUCUUUUAUACGCUCUCUAUGCCUUUGAAUACAAGUGGUUCAACAUGGGUUGGGAGUUACAUAGACGAUUGACUUUUAUUGAAGGCAAUUGGCCAUACUUUUUAGGCUUUGGCAUGCCAUUAGCAGUACUUACCCAACUGCCCAACUCUUACUUUAUAAGUGGCUGUGUUUUUUCUAUUUUAUUUCCACUGUUCAUUGUAAGUGGAAACGAAGCAGAACCUGUAACUGGAGUAUGUGAUUUUCAGCUAAAAUUAUUUUCGCCAGUAAUUGCAGUUGCAAAUACAUUAUUCAAUAAAACCAUUGGACGGGCCAAUAAGCGAUGAUAAGAGUUUCUCUCAAACAUACCGCCACCCAUCCGCGUAGCAAAGGAAAGAAGGUUUGCGCGCAGGAGAAAGCGAUGUGCGAGGAGACCGCCGCACCGCGAAAAUGGUGGCUUGUGCCCCGGGUUUUCUCCCCAUGGAACGGACAACGAGCCCGUUCUUGCCCGAGCCGACAAGAAACAUGUGAUAGUCGCGAAACAUGCAUAAAUGCAUAGCAGUCUCCCAGAUGCAGACGGAUACCGGCGCGCAGAUCCCCCGGCUCGACAACACUGUCUUAAUCCACUACUUUUCCCCAAUUUAUGCUAAAUGUAAUGGAAUAAGCGGAAUAUGAAUCGAAUCUUUGAAAAAAAACUGGAUUCACUAUUAAACAAAUUAUUAAACAAAUAA